CUAUUCCAGUAAUUAAAAAUAAUGGGAAUUACUUAAUGUGUAAUACUCCUGCGGGAAGGGUGCAAAAACAAUGGAGAAGAAAAAGAGUUGCGCAAAGGAAAAUAAAUGUGGGAAAGUCAAUGAAAACGUUUCUAAACAUUUCAAGGAGUAUUGCAGAUGCACCUCGAUACAUGGAUUUAAAUAUUUCGGCGAGGAAAGGACGGUAAUUGAAAGGAUAUGGUGGACAAUCUCUAUAAUCCUAUGUGUAUGUUUUUGUGGAGGCAUGAUAUACAAAAUAUUCUCAAAAUACGCUUCAUUUCCCGUAAUUGUUACUUUUUCGAUGAGAGAAUCGAGGCUUCAAAAACUACCAUUUCCAGCUGUUACGAUAUGCCCCAGAGCCAAAAUUUCCCAAAAAUAUUUCAAUUUGACGGAAUAUUUCAGCAAUGAGCUCAAUCAUAUACCAACCACCAAAGAAGAGGACAAACUCAAAGAUAUAUCGGCAACAAUUUGUGAAUAUUACGCAGGAAAUACAACAGAAAAAAUAGAAGAACAUGAAUUUUACGAAUUCUUAACUAAGAGCAGGACUGAUAUUCUGCACUAUUGUCAAUAUUUGACGUUGGAAUUCAAUUGUAGCGAAUUGUUUACCCCUAUUUUAACAGAAGAUGGAAUCUGCUAUUCGUUCAAUAUUUUAGACAAAACUGAUAUUUAUAGAAAUAAUACAGAGUCGAUUUUCGAUCAUUUUCACAAAGCCCCCAAAACGGAAUGGAACGUAGAAGGCGGUUAUAUUUCGAAAGAGGUGAAGGUCUACCCUAAAAGAGCCUUAAGGGUUGGAGUAAGAAAUCAACUGAUGGUCGUGAUGAAAACUCGAUUUGAUGAUGUCGAAUUUCAGUGUGCCUAUGACGAAUCCGGUUAUAGGGUAUCCAUACACCUACCUUCCGACAUACCAGAAGUGCCGGAAAACCACAUAUCCGCUCCCCUGAAUCAAAGAGUGAUAGGAGCGAUAGUACCGCACACCAUAAGGACUUCAGAGGGCGUCAAAAAUUUCUCACCAAUUAAAAGGGAUUGCUACUUUCAGUCAGAAAGGCAUUUGAAGUUUUUCAAAAUUUAUUCGCAGUCAAAUUGUAUGUUGGAAUGUAAGGCGAAUUACACACUGAGCGUGUGUGGUUGCGUAACAUUUCAUAUGCCGAGAGAAGCCGGGACACCAAUUUGUCUAUUAAACAAACUCCAGUGUAUCGAGAACGCUCUCGAUUUAUUUUCAGUAGUUAACGAAGACCUUGUUUCAAAUGAAGAAGAUGAUUCGGAUAAAAAAAAGAGUUGCGAUUGUAAACCGACUUGUACGGACAUCAGCUACGAUACUGAUUUAUCGUAUAAUAACUUCAUUUUCGAUGUAAUAAAUAAAUCUCUGCAAGAAGAACUCGACUUUCAAGACAACGCGUAUACGGUGCUAACCCUCUACUUCAAGAACGACCACGUGGAAACGAAAGAAAGGAACGAGAUCUACGGUUUGUCGGACGUUAUUUCCAACUUCGGAGGUCUGCUGGGAUUAUUUACGGGUUUUUCGAUUUUAUCAUUUUUGGAGAUUCUCUAUUUUCUCACUUUGAGGAUUUGGGGAAAUAUGAGGAUAUACGGCACGUGGAUUAACCCGGAUCAUACUUGAAACGUGAAAAUUCCGAAAAAGGGAAAAUUGUUAGAGCGGAAAAUGGAAUUUUGUAGCUGGUAUUGUUGAAGGUUCUUGUGUGGAUCAAAAUGUAAUAAAUAUUUUAAUAUGAAUAA